UGUGUGCCCACGUGCACAGAACUGGAAGGGGAACAGAGAGCAGAGCCCGAGGGCCGCUAGUUGGUGGACUUCCCCAAUCCCAGUGCCAAACGGGAGCCUGGGUGCCCCCUGGCCUCCACCCCAGAGCCUGGGGGCUGGCAGUGGGCAGGCGGGGACAGGGCCUGGCACCCACCCAGGAAGGGGCUAAUGAUCAAUCGCGGCCAGCGCUGGCCUCUCAUUGCUGCCCUGGGCUCCGGGAGGAAGUGGGGCAGGAAGCAGGGGCGGUGGUGGCUGCUCUGCAGUCAGCCUCUGUGGGCGGCCUCUGCCUGCCCCGGCCAGCUGCAGACAGCCCCGUGGACAGCCAGCACCAAGCAGAGUUGGGACAGGCCACCUGCGCCCUGGGCCUGGUGGGCCUGAGAGGUGUCUCGGGAGCAGAGCUCAGGCCAACUGGGCAUGCCGAGCCCUCAGCACUGGGGCCGGGGCGGGUCAUGAAGAGCCCCAAGGAGGAGACCACUGGGGAGCCAGCGGAGAUGGGCUGGGGGCCUGCAAGACCCUCUGGAGGCCACAGCAGCAGGCACGAGGUCCAGAGUGGGGCCAUGCACUCACCCUGUGGCCCGGAGCAGGCUGUGCCUGAGGAGGCCAAGGCGCCAGUCCGAGGUGCCUCCCACUGGGCCCCCCUCCUAAAGGUCCCGAGACCUCCAAGCAGUGCCGCAGGGGACCAAGCCCUCAACACAGGGCCUGGGGGGACGGGGGGUCCCAUGCCUGUGAGGCGCCCUCCCAAGACUCCUCCGCAUGGCUCCUACUUCCUGCCUCAACGUGGCUGCUGGACACAGCUGCUCAGGCCCCAGCCCAGAGGCUCUGACUCUGGGGGCUGGGGGUCAGCUCUGGACUCUGCCUCUACCUGCAGCUGGAGGACUGGGGCCAGCCAGCCACCACCUUCCCUGGACAACUGCCCACCUGGGAGAGACUGGCCCAUGACCCUCAAGGAGGGCUGCCCAGACCUGGCUCUGCAGCUGCUGGCGGUGCGCAGGAAGAGUGGACAGCCAGACCCCGGCCUGCAGCAGGCCCUGCGGGGCCGGCUGCGCCUGAUGGAGAACGAGAGCCAGGAGGUGGCCCGCGUGCUGGGGGCUCCCAGGGCAGGUGGCCCACGCUGGGGCCUUCCCUGCCCCUUCCAGAGCCUGCGGGUGACCAGACCUGGCCUUGCAGGCUUCACACAUCACUGCUUGGAAAACCUGCUUGUGGACCGGGCCUUCUGGCUGCUCUGGCCAGGCGAGGAGGAGGAGACGGCCAUCCAGGUGCACGUGGAGGAGGACGCCUUGAGGCGGACCCACCAGAGCCUGCUGGCCCAGGAAGGGCCUUUCUUUGUCCUGUGUCCUGACCACCAUGUGAGACUGACGACGGGCCGCCAGAGUGUGGGGAAGGGCCCCCAGGUCCUCAGGAAGGCUUCGGGGCACUCCCUGGGGGACGUGGCCCUGGAAGCGGACUCUUCAAGCCCCAUUCCCACCACGUCUGGGGCGGCAGCAGCAGCGGCUGCCCCGGAGCCCUUGAUUCCGUUCCAUCAGUGGGCCCUUAGGGCCCCCUGGGACCCCAUGGACGACUCCGUGGGUGGACCUGUGACGUCUGACAGCUCACUGAUGGGGCUUGGCCAGGCCUCAGCGGUGGCGGACUUCCAGGGCUCAGGGCCUGAAGAGGUGUCCUUCCAUGCCGGCGACCUCAUCGAGAUCCUGGGUGCCCAGGUGCCCAGCCUGCCCUGGUGCGUGGGCCGGCACGUGGCCUCAGGCCAGGUGGGCUUCGUGCGGACCAGCCACAUCAGCAUGCAGGGCCCAGUGUCUGAGUUGGAGAGCGUGGUCUUCCUGGACGAGGGAGAGAGGGUGUUCUUCAGCAGCGAGGGGCACCUUUCGGAGGACACCGCCCAGCGCUUGCUGAGCAGGAUGGCGGGCACCGAGGUCUGCUCCGUGCACAGUCUGGACCUCUGCGUGGGAAAGCGUCUCCCUGAGGCCCAAGGUGCAGUGCAGCGGAGGAAGCCAGCCGUCCACACCAAGAGAGCGAGGCUGAGCCAGGGACACGUGCACGCCCACUGGUGGGCCCUGAUGCCCGAGCCCAGCAGAGGCAUGCACACCCACGCACACACUCACACUCACAUACACACACACACCCCGUGCACACACAACCACACGUGUACACACUCACAUGUAUGCACACAUAAACACACUCAUGCACGUACACCCACACGUACUCACCGCCUGGCAGAAGCAGAGGGUGUGCAGCCUGAGGAGCGAGACCUCAAGCAGCCGGAGGAGGCCCUGCCCUACCUGGAGAGGCUGCUGCUGCUGCACAGGGGCCUGGGGGCCCCAUCCGCCGCCUGGCCUCUGAGCUGCUACCUGCUCCUGGCCGACACCUACAGCAGGAAGUGCCUGCCCCACCUGGCUCUGAGCUGCAUCAGGGUGGCCUCGCUGCGGACCCCAGGCUCGCUGGCCAGCUCCCUGAGGAGCGUGGACCUGGUCCUCUGGAACGCCCCCCAGCUGCAUGGCCAGAGGACGGCGGCUCACAGCCUCCCUGCCCAGGCCGCCCACUACCUCAGGCAGGCGCUGGCCUCCUCGGCCGCGGGCACGGGGCGGGCCCUUCGCGGCCUGCUGUAUGCCAGCCUGGCCCAGCUGCACAGCCACCAUGAGCAGCACGGGCAGGCCAUCGCCUUCAUGACGCGGGCGGUGGAGGCCGACGCCACGGCCGGUGCGCGCCCCGUGGUGGACCGCCUGGUGGUGCUGGCCUGGUUGCACCUGCUCCACGGGCAGAGCCUGGUGGCCCUGGACAUCCUGCAGUCCAUCCUGGAUGCAGAUGUGGCCAGCGAGGACCAGGAGGGUGUGAUUGUCAACAUGGCGGCCAUCGCCCUGAAGAGGACGGGCAGGACCCGGCAGGCGGCCGAGGGCUACUACCGCGCCCUGCGCCUGGCUCGGGGCCUGGGCCAGCUGCGGAACCAGGCAGUGGUCCUGGCCAACUUCGGGGCGCUGUGUCUGCAGGCCAGUGCCGUCGGGCUGGCCCAGCACUACCUCCUGGAGGCCAUCAGACUCUUCUCCCAGCUGCCCGUCGGGGAGUGUGGUCAGGACUUCACCCAGGUGCUCCUGUGGACGGGCCACCUGUGCACCCGCCGGGCCCUCGCCCAGCAGGGCAAGUGUUACUACCAGUGGGCCUUUCUGGUCGCUGUGGAGACGGGCCACCUGGAGAGCCAACUGCAAGCCGUCCAGCAGCUGUGCCACUUCUAUAGCAGUGUCAUGCCCAAUGAGGCACAGAGCGUCAUCUACCAUGAGUUCCAGCUCACACUGGCCCGCAGGAGAGCCGACAAGGCGUUGGAGGGACAGCUCCUAGAGGCCAUCAGUCAUCUGUACCUGUCACUGGGCACCGAGCGGGCCUACAAAUCCGCUCUGGACUACACCAAGCGGAGCCUGGGGAUAUUCAUCGACCUGCAGAAGAAGGAGAAGGAGGCCUAUGCCUGGCUGCAGGCGGGGAAGAUCUACUACAUCCUGCGUCAGAACGAGCUGGUGGAUCUGUACAUCCAGGUGGCGCAGAACGCGGCCCUGUACACGGGGGACCCCAACCUGGGGCUGGAGCUGUUCGAGGCGGCCGGAGACAUCUUCUUCAAUGGCAGCUGGGAGCGGGAGAAGGCUGUGUCCUUCUAUCGGGACCGGGCGCUGCCCCUGGCGGUCACCGUGGGGAACCGGGAGGCGGAGCUGCGGCUGUGCAACAAGCUGGUGGCCCUGCUGGCCGCGCUGGAGGCCCCGCAGGAGGGCCUGGAGUUCGCCCACGAGGCCCUGGCUCUCAGCAUCACCCUGGGUGACCGGCUGAACGAGCGAGUGGCCUACCACCGGCUGGCCGCCCUGCACCACCGGCUGGGCCACGGCGAGCUGGCCGAGCACUUCUACCUCAAGGCCCUGUCGCUCUGCAGCUCGCCGCUGCAGUUCGAAGAGGAGACGCUGUACUACGUGAAGGUGUACCUGGCGCUCGGCGACAUCAUCUUCCACGACCUGAAGGACCCCUUCGACGCCGCGGGCUACUACCAGCUCGCGUUGGCCGCGGCCGUGGACCUGGGCCACAAGAAGGCCCAGCUGAAGAUCUACUCGCGCCUGGCCACCAUCUAUCACCACUUCCUCAUGGACCGCGAGAUGUCCCUCUUCUUCUACCAGAAGGCCAGGACCUUCGCCUCCGAGCUCAACACCCGCAGGACCAACCUGGUGCCCCAGCGCUUCUGCAGCAGGGCCCCCUGGCUGGCCCCCGGCCACCUGCCCUGACGCCGAGGGACAGGCCCUGUGGAAGGGCCUCUGCCUGCCUGGGGCUCUGGAGGCUCCUGGCAGGCUGGACACGGGGAAAUAGCAAUAAAUCUCUCCAACGACCGCUGGC